CAGACUGGUGGUGGCAAGACAGCUCUGACUAUAUUUGCUCAAAGCAGAUGUCCCCAUUAAUUUAGAAUUUGAGAGACUGAAAACCAAAGAGGGUGGCACUAAGAAAUGUAGAAAUUUCAGCAGCCAAACCAAAUCUCUGCAAGUCUCCUGACUUCUGAACACUAUUUACAGAGCUGGGUUCUGGGAAGUGGGACAUCUUUUUAUAACUGGCGGUAUUUUAGGGUUUCACAGUUUAGAUCUAGGACUUAAAUUCUCAGUCUGUCGCUCCCUUCCUCCCCCCACUACCUAACCUCCUUCUGAAGUUCUUGGAAAGUAAACAAACAUGAGUGAAAGCAAAGCAAAGAGUCAAGACCUUGCAGAGGCCAAGGUCGGACUGUGGUCAAACAACUUGCUGUUUACCAAGUUCCAUUUAGAAUCUGUGUGCCAGCCAUGUCAACCUGCAGAAUCUGCUCUCGGGUGCAGAAUCCACCAUCUGUCCACUUCCACUUUUUCUUCUGAGUCUCACCACCCGCUGCCCGGGUUGCCACAUUGCCCUCCGUGGUUGCCUUGUCCCUGAUUCUGGGAUGCUAUUCACGAUCUCAGGCCAGUGAGAGGGGGUUGCUGCCGCCUCCCUUAGCAGUGAGCCUAGUGAGCUAGUGAGUCUAGCGGUUACUUCAUCUAAGCCGAGCCCUCCCCCGACCCUCGGUCCUCUUGUUGGCAUCACUGGCAUCCAUGUGAGGGGCUGUUGCUGUACAUGUGUGACCUGUGGCUCUGCAGUGAGAGGAGCACUAAUGGCAUCGGCUGGCGGAAUGAGGACCAGGGGCUGAGUGCCAGACUCCAUUUUGGGAGGACAGCAUCUCACGUCCACGGAGCCUUGAGAUCUCAGACCCAAAGGAGACGGAGGCCACGUGUGUAGAAGGGUGGUGGGUGCUGGCCUGGAAAUAGGCACACGUGAGAAAGUUGUUGCUACUGGGCCUGGAAAUAGGCACACGUGAGAAAGUUGUUGCUACUGGAGUCCUGGCUUGUCUAGAGAGGGGUCUGGAGCAAUGGCAUCUGGCUUGGAGUUCUGCCAAGUGAGGCUGGAGAUUUGCCAGAAGCUCUCCAUCCCCUGCUCACUGGCCCUUGUGCUAGACCAGCAGGAAACUGGAGAUGAGACGUAACUCUCCAGAUAGAGGCGCCAGGACAAGCGAAAACAAAACCCAAAAUUCAGCAGUCUCAUGCUCUGCUCGCCAGACCACGCUGCCAAGAUGUAGCCGUUAGACUGCGCCUUUCUUUCCCUUAUGUACCUCCCACGAUCGCCACUCACCCUUGUGUCUGUGCUGUCGGGUUUCAUCCAGGCAGCAGUGCGGUUUGCCAUGUACAAUCAGAGCAAGUUAGGGGAAGGAUGGGGCCUGGAUCUUAGCUUUGUGUGUUGGGAUGGUGGUGGGGGGUGGUCCGCAAGCUGGGAAAGGACCAGGACCCCAGGGCAUUGCCAUCUCCAGUCCCGGGUGAGGCGCGAAGCGAUGGAAUGUCCCAACAGCUGAAGUACAGACGGUGGUACAGACGGUGAGUAUGGACAGGCACCUCCAGUUACAUGUUGCAGCGUACUAAACCAGCCAAAGUUACUGGUGUAAACAAAAGUUACUGUGUUAUGCUCAUGUUAGGAAUUUGGAAAGAGCAGGAUGGGCAGGGCUUAUCUCUGGUCCACGUUGUCUGGGGCUCAGCUGGGAAGACUUGAAAGCUGGGGAGGACUUGACAGCCUGGGCUGGAAUGACCUACAGUCCUGCUCACUCACAUGUCUUGCUGUUGGACUUCAGCUUGGCCUGUUGGCCUGAAUGCCUACACAUGACCCUCCCACAUGGCCGCCUGGGCUUCCUCACAGCAUGGGGCUGGGGUCCCAGAGCAAGAAGCCCCAGAGAAGCAGGGGGAAGCGGCGGGUCCCUUUCUGGCCUAACCUUGGAAGUCACACAGCACCACUUCUGCAGGGAUGUACAAGCCCCAGGCCCUGGUCAGAGUCAAGUGGAGGGGACACAGACACCACUUUACAAUCCGAGAAGUGACACAGACGUGAGGGGUCAUGUUUUACAUCAGAAUAUCCUCUGGCCACAAUUACUUACAUUCCUCCCAGAUGGAAAAUAGGUUUCCUCCUCCCAAGUCCCUACAGAAGUCUCACCCCAUUGUGAAAUCAGGUUCAGCCUCGAGGUCUAGGUGCCAGUGAGGCUCCCUGGGUCUGGCUCCUCAAACCCAGCUCCCUGAGUAGCAUCUGUCUGAGUCUGAAGACCUGAGAACUGAAGAGACUGAUGCUGUCUGGUGGGACAGGCAUGGGCAGCUGCAGCAGACAUUCCCAUUCAAGAAGAGGGAAAACAGGAGGCACUUAGCAGCCGCUGGGCCAUAGCAGUUCUGAAACCCAGCGAGGCACACGUGACGGAUUGCUUACUAGGGCUCAGUGCUGCCACCUGGGAAUAUUAAUUCCGUGGCUCUCGUGUCUGCUCUCUGGGCUCUCAGUUGUACCCUCUGAGUAACUCUUCUUUGUCUGCAAGAAACAGACUCCAAGGUAAUGCCAGGAGGUUUGGUAAAGGAGGCAGGAGACAUGUGGACCACCCGUCCACGGGGAGCAGAGUUUGGCCCCUGGGUUUGGUUUUGGAGCAUGAAUCCAGAUUCCUGUUUCUGGGCAUAGAGACUGGUAAUAAAGUGACACACACAACCUUGGUCCUUGUUGAGGGGACUGGAUGGAAAUUUGCGUCCGACAUCCCUCACAAAAGUGAGGCGGGGUGGAGGACCCAGGGAGAUGAGGGAGUUUUCUUAUGUACAAAGAGUGAAGCUAUUUCAGUCUGUGUGAAGUUGGUCAGCUCAGCAAAAACUUUACGCUGGUGUUUUUCUAAGCUUAAUUCACUUCCCAAAAGUCAAUCAGGGCCCUCUGAGAACUGUGCACUUCCCAGCAACAUUAAUAUAUGAUGCUUUGAUUUGCUGUUCCCAGGUGACACAGUAAAGGAGUUUUCACCUGAAGUAGUUUGCCUGCAGAGCUACCAGGACAGUUUAAUUAUCUCCUUACAGUUUAUAUGUCACACACUCAACCAGGGCUGAGGCGGUUUGCAUUAAAAACAAGAUUGGGAGGAGAGGCACAGCCCAGUGGUAGAGUGUAUGCUUAGCUUGCAUGAGGUCCUGGGUUUAAUCCGGAGUGCCUCCAUUAAAAAAAAAAAAAACACCCAAGAUUAUCAAAAUAAAAAUAAAGGGUCAAAAACCAUGUAGACAAGUGUCUGCCGAGGCAGCCAAUGCUUCCUGCACCCGCCAAGGUCAAGGCCAUGUUCAGCUGGAAGAUGGUGAAGCCCAAUGGCGAGAAGCCAGACAGGUUCGAGUCCGGCAUCUCCCAGGCCCUCCUGGAGCUGGAGAUGAACUCAGACCUCAAGGCGCAGCUGCGGGAGCUGAGCAUCACCGCGGCCAAGGAAACUGAAGCUGGUGGUGGCUGGAAAGCUAUUAUAAUCUUUGUUCUGGUCCCUCAACUGAAAUCUUUCCAGAAAAUCCAAGUCCGGCUAGUGCGCGAGUUGGAGGAAAAGUUCAGCGGGAAGCACGUUGUGUUUGUUGCUCAGAGGAGAAUUCUGCCUAAGCCAGCUCAAAAAAGCCACACCAAAAAUAAGCAAAAGCGUCCCAGGAGCUGCGCUCUGAUGGCCGUGCACGAGGCCAUCGUGGAGGACCCGGCCUUCCCGAGUGAGACCGCGGGCAAGGGGCUCUGCGUGGGGCUGGACGGCAGCCGGCUCAUAAUGGUCCAUUUGGAUAAAGCGUGGCAGAAAGACGUGCAGCACAAGGGUGAGAUACUUUCUUGUGUCUACAAGAAGCUCACGGGCAAGGAUGUGAGUUUUGAAUUUCCAGAGUUUCAGCUGGAAACAAAAAUAACUAAAUAA